AUUUCCAUAGUAGUCGGAUAAUUAGCUAUAUAGCUAUUGUACAGAAAAUAUAGUCUAUUAAUUGUGGAGAUCAUAAAAAUUUUUAAGCUGCAUCAAUUAAUUAAUUGAAAGUCUGUGCCUAUAUAUAUGUAUAUCCUCUGCACUAAUACAUUAUUAUUUCCCAACAUCUAGUGAAUAUAUAGUGAAUUAUUAUAGUACGUAGGUAGAGUAUCUGAUUGUGAUCGAUGGCAACCUUGUUGUUGUACCGGGGGUGUGUGUUGCUGUUGUUGUUUAUUAAUGUUUGUGUGUCAAACACAAAAAUAUUGAUGUCAAAAGCAGAAGAAGAAGCUGUGGAGGGGUUCAGUGUGGAGCUAAUCCACCGUGACUCCCCCAAGUCUCCAUUCUACGACCCCUCCCUGACUCCCGCACAGCGCAUCAGCAAUGCGGCUCGGCGCUCCGCAGACCGAGCGAAGCGGCUGGUGAAGCGGCCGAAUGCAGCGGAAGGCAAUAUAGUGGCCAACGGCGGAGAAUAUCUGUUGGAGUAUUGGCUUGGCACUCCAAAAGUCAAAAUCUUAGGGAUUGCGGACACCGGCAGCGAUCUGAUAUGGACGCAGUGCACCCCCUGCAGUGAGUGUUACAACCAAACCGCCCCUCUUUUCGACCCUUCCAAAUCCACUUCCUUCAACCAGCUUCCCUGCGGCUCCGACUCCUGCGUCGCCGUGCAGGGAACCUCCUGCGGUGAUAAUUCGCACUGUCAGUACCAGGCCCGCUACGGCGAUGGUUCCUUCACCAACGGAGACGUGGCCACCGAGACUCUGACUCUGGGCUCCACCACAGAAUCCCCCGUGGCCCUCCGCAAUGCAACCAUCGGCUGCGGCCACAACAACGACGGCACUUUCGACGAGCGCGGCUCAGGAAUCGUGGGUCUUGGGGGAGGAUUUGCGUCCCUCAUCACCCAACUGGGGCCCUCCAUCGGCGGGAAAUUCUCCUACUGCUUGCUUCCUUUAUCCAACACGGAGGAGUCCAGCAAGUUGAAUUUCGGAAGCAAUGCCGUGGUUUCAGGAUCGGGUGCGGUUUCUACACCCUUGGUUGAUGGCGAGACGGACACUUUUUACUUCCUAACUCUGGAAGCCGUGAGCGUGGGGAACAACAGGAUUGAGUUCAGUAGUGCAGGGCAGCAGGUGGGUGGCAACAUUAUUAUCGAUUCUGGGACGACUCUCACCCUUCUGCCAACGGACUUUUACUCCCGCGUGGAAGAUGCGGUGGUAGAGGCUGUCAGCGCUGCGGAGCGCAUAGGCAGCCCUGUAUCUGGGCUGAGUCUCUGCUAUGCUGCCAGUUCCCCUGCGGCACUCCAAGCUCCCCCUUUGACAGUGCAUUUCGAUGGUGCCGACGUCAAGUUGAGUGCCAAUAACACAUUUGUUCUGGCCUCCGAUAAUGAGGUUUGCUUUACGUUCGCUUCUUCCCAGAAUUUGGCUAUCUAUGGCAACUUGGCUCAGAUGGACUUCCUUGUUGGCUAUGAUCGUCAGGCCAAGACGGUGUCCUUUAAGCCUACCAACUGUGCCAACCAGUAGACGGACAGACCCACCGACGUCUUUUAUCAUUAUCUCAUCUUCUUGCUUUAAUAUUUAUAAUUUGUUCUUGUUUAAUUUACAUAUACAUACAUACAUAUAUAUAUAUAUAU